AUGGCGACCAACGGCGCAAAUGGAGUCGGUGACUCACGGCCGAUCUUCUUCUUCGAUAUUGACAACUGUCUCUAUUCCAAAGCUUGCAACAUCCACGAUGAAAUGCAGAAAUUGAUCAAUAAGUUCUUCGUGAAACAUCUUGAUCUUACUUCGGAAGAUGCCCACAUGCUGCACCAGAAAUACUACAAAGAGUAUGGACUAGCCAUUGAGGGCCUCACCCGCCACCAUAAGAUCGACCCGCUUGCAUUCAACUACGAAGUUGACGACGCUUUACCUCUUGAUGCUAUUCUCAAGCCCGAUCCCAAGUUGCGCAAACUGCUCGAAGACCUGGACACAACCAAGGUGAAACCAUGGUUGCUCACGAACGCCUAUGUCAACCACGCGAAACGGGUGAUAAAGCUGCUCGGUGUCGAGGAUCUCUUUGAGGGUAUUACCUAUUGUGACUACGGGCAACUGCCAUUAGUUUGCAAGCCAAGCCAGGAUAUGUACGCUAAGGCGGAGAAGGAAGCUGGCGCUCCUACCACAGAAGGGUGCUAUUUCGUUGACGACUCCCAUUUGAAUUGUGUCCAUUCGACCGCUCGGGGCUGGACUACGGCUCACUUGGUGGAACCAGGGCUUCCCAUACCAUCCAACCCGGCAUCGAAGUAUGUGAUCUCCAGCCUCGAAGAGCUACGGGUUCAUUUCCCACACGUCUUUAAACAGCAAAGCGAUACUGCUUAG